AUGCCUAUAAUUUCUGGAAGCAGCGAGCAAGACUACAGUAAUCUCAGCUACACAUCUAGCAGCACACUAAACCAUUUUUUUCCUGUAGCUGUUGAACCUCAGACACUUAAGGGAGUUCGUUAUCAAAGAGCACGAAAGGUUUAUGAUCAGAAUGACAUCUACACAGUUGAUUUGAAGAGGGAAAUCAUAAUUAAUGUUGGAGGAAACAAAUACCUCAUGCCUUGGAGUACAUUGGAUGAGUUCCCAAUGACAAGACUUGGUAAACUGCGGUUCUGCAGUAGUUAUGAGGAGAUAAUCCAGAUUUGUGAUGACUUUGAUGAAGACAACAAUGAAUUUUUCUUCGACAGGAAUCCUUGUGCUUUCAGCAUGAUUGUCAGCUUCUUGGCAGCAGGAAAGCUGAGGCUCUUGAGAGAGAUGUGUGCCUUGUCGUUCCAUGAUGAGUUGCUUUACUGGGGCAUUGAAGAGUCAAAUUUAGAGAGAUGUUGCUUAAGGAAACUCUUUCAGAAACUUGAGGAGCUAGCAGAGCUCAGAAAAGAAGAAGAUGCACAGAGGAACCGAGAAACUAUCUGUGUUCUGGAGGAUAAUACAAAAGUUGGACAUUGUAUGAGCAAGUUAAGGGACAUGGUGGAGAAUCCACAGUCAGGGAUCCCUGGGAAGGUUUUUGCCUGUCUCUCCAUUAUAUUUGUGGCCACCACUGCUAUAAACCUGUGUAUUAGUACAAUGCCAGACCUCAGAGCUGAAGAGGACAGGGGUGAAUGUUCCCAAAAAUGUUACAACAUCUUCAUCAUUGAGACUAUUUGUGUGGCCUGGUUCUCACUGGAGUUUUUUCUUCGUUUUUUACAAUCAGAGAGCAAAUGCCAAUUCUUCAAAGGGCCAUUGAAUAUUAUUGAUGUGUUGGCUAUCUUGCCCUAUUAUGUUUCACUCGUAGUGGAAGACGAGCAAAAAACUGUUGAUAAACCCAGUAGUAAUUCAUACCUGGAGAAAGUUGGGUUGGUGCUCCGUGUCUUACGUGCCUUGCGAAUAUUAUAUGUUAUGCGGCUUGCAAGGCACUCCCUUGGCCUCCAGACUUUGGGUCUUACAGUUCGAAGGUGCACUAGGGAAUUUGGACUCCUUUUACUUUUCUUGUGUGUUGCUGUUACUUUGUUUGCUCCACUUGUACACCUGGCUGAAAAUGAAAUGGGCAGAUGCCAGGAUUUUACUAGUGUCCCUGCCUCUUAUUGGUGGGCUAUCAUAUCUAUGACCACUGUAGGCUAUGGAGACAUGGUACCCAGAAGUAUUCCAGGCCAGGUGGUGGCUUUGAGCAGCAUUCUUAGUGGUAUUUUAAUUAUGGCUUUUCCUGCAACAUCUAUAUUUCAUACUUUCUCAAGAUGUUACUCAGAACUAAAGAGAGAUCAAGAGAGACUUCACAGCAGACUUAUGAGAUUAAAAGAUUCAAAUCAAUCUGGAGAAAGUGAUACCUUCAAUGAUACUGACAGCCUCGUCUCAGAAGAUACUUAUAAUUAUUUUUACACUGGAAAAUAA